ACCCAGGUCGUCACCGCCAUCACCACCUACUGCCCCGAGCCCACCAUCAUCUACCACGGCAAGUUCACCUACACCAUCAAGGAGCCCACCACCUUCACCAUCACCGACUGCCCCUGCACCAUCACCCACACCGGCCCCAUGCCCACCGGCACCGCCGUGCCCCCCAUCAUCACCGGCGUCGUGCCCCCCUCCGGCCCCGACUGCGCCGCCACCUGCGCCGACGCCUACAACAAGUGCCGCGGCGCUCCCGACGCCAACCGUGCCACUUGCGCCGCCGAGUACGCCGGCUGCCUGGGCUACAGCCCCUUCGGCCCCGACGGCUCCCUUGUCACCCCGACCGCCUGCUCCGGCACCGCUACCGCCGUUCCUCCCAUCGCCACUGGCAUCGUUCCCCCCGGCACCGUCACCGCCGUCCCUCCCAUCGCCACUGGCAUCGUUCCCCCCGGCACCGCUACCGCCGUCCCUCCCAUCGCCACUGGCAUCGUCCCCCCCGCCACCACUGGCGAUGCUUGCGUUGCCGGCUGCAACGACGCCUACAACAAAUGCCGCAGCGCUCCUGGCGCCAACCUCUCUACCUGCGCUGCUCAGUACGCCGGAUGCCUCGGCUACAGCCCCUACGGACCUGAUGGUUCGCUUGUUACCCCUACUGCUUGCUCUGGUUCUGCUACCGGUGCGGUGCCUACUGCUACUGGAAAGCCU